CUGCCCAACAACACACCCAUUGUCUCUGACUCCACCUCGCUCCAAAGUGUUGCUGUGUUGUUCCUCUCUCCUUCCCCCACCACCAGGACACCACCAUAUCUCUCUCUAUUCACUUCUAGAGAGAGAAGGAAAGAGAUACAUAUACAUAUAUAGAGAUAGAGAGAGUGGAGUUUCUUCAGGCAAGGCAAAAGUGUAGAGGGGUUUGAAGUUUUCCAAGUACCAGAACAGAAGAAGCGAAGUUUGGUUAUGAAUGAAUGUGACUUUACACCAUUUCUACUACUGUACUCUAUCUCCCUCUUUCUCUUGAUGAAAACUUCAGAGGCUGAGGACAUGCGUGUUGAUCAUCUGUCAAAGUAAGGAAAAAACAAAAACCAAAACACAGAACUUUUUUUUUUCUUUUGUUUUUCUUUUUUGUUGGGGCUAUUGAAUCCAUUGAUAUAUAUCUAAAAGAAACAAAACAAAAGCCAGAAAAAAGCACAGCAGAUGGGCCUUGGUUGCAAAUCUGGGAAAGAGAGAGUUUUUUUUUAGAGAGAGAGAGAGAGAGAGAGAGAGAGAGAGAGAGAGAAGGAAAAGAAGAGAGAUGGGUUGCUGUUAUUCAAGAGUAGAGAGAGAGGAGAUGGUUUCAAGAUGCAAAGCUAGGAGGAGAUACAUGAAACAGUUUGUGAAAGCCAGACAAGCCUUCUCUGCUUCACACAGUAUGUAUAUGAGGUCCCUCAAAAAUACCGGCUCAGCUCUUCAUCAAUUCGCCGCCGCCGAAUCCAAUCACCACCACCAGCAGCUCCACCACCAUCAGCUCCCUCCUCUCCCCGCUUCACCACUGCCGCCGCCGCAAACCCCCACUCCUCCUCCUCCUCCGCCUCCGCCUCCCCCGAUGAGCUCGUCGUCCUACACCUGGACCACCUCAACGACCCCCUCCACCGCCCUGCCGCCGCCACCACCCCCCCCGCAGGCAUCGGGUUGGGAUUUCUGGGAACCGUUUAUGCCGGAGGAGGAAUGGGAAGCAGCGACGAUGACGACCACCACGGCGGCGUCGGAGGUGGCCGUGACCAACGCCACCACCACCACCACCACCGUUGCGAAUGAGGCGCCGUCGGUGGUGAGUGGGUUAUCGAAGGAGAGCGAGCUAGCCAUUGUGGUAUCGAGUAAAGGCAAAGAUCUUGUUGAGAUCAUCAAAGAGCUCGAUGAGUAUUUCCUCAAAGCGGCUGAGGCUGGUGCCCAACUCUCUUCCCUUUUAGAAGUCCCUACUUAUGGUUUUCCUGAUCAGAGGUCUCCAGCAAAGGUUUACGGGUACGGGAAGAACUUGAGUCCAUUGAUGUGGACAUGGGGUUCAUGUCAAAAAUUGGAUGGGUUUGGGAAGUUGUGUGAAGAAGUGAAUGUAGGUGGAGGAGGUGGUGGUGGUGAUAGCACUACUGGGAGUCACUGUUCUACUGUGGAGAGGCUAUAUGCUUGGGAGAAGAAAUUAUAUUUGGAGGUCAAGAAUGCGCAAACAUUAAAGAUGGAGCACGAGAAGAAGACAGAGCAGCUGAGGAAGAUGGAACUGAAUAGAGCAGAAUAUGUGAAAAUGGAGAAAACAAAGAAAGAGGUAGAGAAAUUGGAAUCAAGACUGAUGGUUGCUUCACAGGCCAUUGAGACUACCUCUACUGAAAUUAUCAAAUUGAGGGAAUCAGAACUCUAUCCUCAACUUGUUGAGCUUGUCAAAGGAUUGAUGGGGAUGUGGAGAAGCCUAUACGAGUGCCACCAGGUCCAGACACACAUAGUUAAGCAGCUCAAGUACCUCAACACCAUUCCAUCAACUGACCCAACGUCUGAAAUUCAUCGGCAAUCGACUCUGCAACUCGAGCUCGAAGUCCAUCAAUGGCACCUCGCCUUCUGCAACCUCAUGAAGUCUCAACGUGACUACAUCCAAUCUCUCACAGGUUGGCUCCGCCUUAGCCUCUUCCAGUUUGGCACCAACCCGCUUGCCAAGACUCACCAAGAUUCCUCAAUUUACUCUCUGUGCGAAGAAUGGCAUCUUGCGGUGGAUCGUGUUCCCGACAAAGUGGCUUCCGAAGGGAUUAACAGCUUCUUAACUGUAAUCCAUGCCAUCGUCAUUCAACAAGCAGGAGAGCAGAAGCAGAAGAAGAGGUCAGAAUUGGCGUUUAAAGAGCUCGAGAAGAAAGUGAGUGAGCUUAGAUCGCUUGAGUGCAAACACGGUCCGUUCUCAAUGGCCGAUGGGUCUAGAAACAAGGAUCCAGUUGCAGUGAAGAGAGCAAAGGUGGAGACUUUGAGGGCCAAGGCAGAGGAAGAGAAGGCGAAGCAUGAAAAGGCGGUGAGCGUGACAAGGGCGAUGACAAUGAACAAUUUGCAGAUGGGAUUGCCGCAUGUGUUUGAGGCAGUGACGGGUUUUGCUAAUGUGUGUAUACAUGCAUUUGAGUCUGUAUACAAUCAGGCCAAAAGUACUGAUGAACAGGUCCAUGAUGUGAAGAGGUUACUACUCCCUUGAGAGAUUGGGCAGCUAAAUUUUGAAAAUACCCGUAUGGACAGUUGGGAUGUGUGUACAGAGAUGUGUGUGGAUACACCAUUUGGUAUGAGCUGUUUGAACCCAGAAAAUCUUGAAGCAGCACUGGAUUGGUGGUGGUUCAAUUGAUCUAGUCUGGUACAGUGGUAGUUGCAAAUGCUAGAUAGGCCUAAGGAAAUAGGAGUGUUUUUUUUUUCCCUUUUGGGUAUGGGUUUAUACUUUUUGCCUUCUUGUUGCCUUUGUGAGAGUGUUUUGAAUGUUUUCUUGUUCAGUGAAAUUUUAUGGGAAUGAGUUUUGGAGGUUUAGUGUCUAUUUUUAUGCAGUUUGCUAUUAAUAUUAUCAAGAUUUUGUUAGCGUGUAACACAUGUUGAGAAAGAUUAUACAUUUUUUAUUGCACUCA